AUGGAUUUGCCAAGCUAUAUACCAGAUUUGUCGCCAGGUGGGCGUGACUCACUCGAUGACACUCAUAUCUUGAGCUUAGACAACAUUUCCAUGAGUCGAAGGAAUAAGUAUAAGUUUCUGACAUUCAACGAGUCUUAUAUGUCUCCAGUAUCAAUAAAGAAUAGUCCUUUGAAAGAAUCAGUUCCACUGUCAAUACGCGGUCAAAAUACUCCGUUGCCGCUUGAUUUUGAUGCUAUUACACAAUCAAGUCAGAGGUCACAGCGACAACAAUCACAGGCACCACCCCAAAGACAAACUCGAGGACACGCGCAAGGUCUACAGCAGCUGUUGCUGCCGUUGCUGCUGCCGGUCAAAACACGAAUGUAUUCUUCUCCCACUAAAACUUACACUGAUCAUAUCAAUGCGCUUAGGUCAACUCCAGCAUCUCCAAUCAAACCUAAAAGAGAAAAACUGGACGCAACUAGUAGUAAAUACAUGACCGUUGCUGCAGAGCGAGAUACUUUGAUGCGAGAGGUUGAGUAUUUGAGAAAAGUAAUAAAACAGCGAGACUCCGAUUUCAAUUAUUUGGAGCAACAAGUUGAAAAAUUCAAAAGUGAAAAACAGGAUCUGGAGUUAAAUGAACGACGGAUCAAAAAAGAGUUGGAAGAUUAUCACAUUAAUGAAACGAAAAAGUUGAAAAAAGAACAUGCCUCUUUUUUGGAGAAAAUGAAGAAAAAUCAAGUAGAGCUUCAAAAUGACAACACAGUCCUUCGGAAGGCUAAAUAUGUUCUUGAAGAAGAUGUGUUGGAACUCAAACGAGUAUUGACCAGGUGUGAUGAUGAACGAUUGAGAUUGAAAGCAAAACUCAAGCAGUAUGUUGAAUUGCUGAAUCGCCUCAGAGAGCAAUUAGGAAACAAAGAAAAGAUGACGAUUUCUGAUGAUUAUUAUAGCGAGGCAAAACAAGUUGAACCUGAACCUAAACCUGAACCUAAACCUGAACCUAAACCUGAACAAAAUUCAAAAUCUGGGUCUCCGCCCCAAGGACAUCCUGAAUUAACACAAAAUCUUCUUGAUAUUCUUCAAAAAUUAUCAAAUACUUUAACACAGACAAGUAACAAUGCCAAGCUGCCAUAUCUUGGUAGUGCAAAUUCACCAGAAUCAAUGGUAUCCAAGGAUCAAUCAAGGACAAGUACCAAGCAAAGAACUGCUACAUCUGAUCUUUGUCAGUUAUGUGGUGAAGGAGAGUAUAAACAGGAAUCAAGAAAUGCGACAGGAACUAAAGCGGAAACUGGCGCAAAACCAAAUACAUCGCCACAUACUAGAACAUGUGCAAACAAGGAAAAAGAUGUUCAAGAUUUAAAUAAUGUAAACCUUGAGUCGAAAUCAUCCCUUGCAAAUUCCAAAAUAAGCAUAAUUUCAGUAGAUGGUAAAAUCUGUUUCAAGAUAUCUUCCAAUGGUGCAAUUCAACUUGAAUUUGAAGGGGCCGAUCUGCAGGGAACUUUAAGAGACUCGUUUAAAGAUGGUACAAAUGAGUCUUUGGUGCAUGAUGUUUUGCAGAACAUGCCCCAUAGUGUUUCUGCAGAAUCUGGAAAUAACUUUGAAGUAAAAGCCACAGUACCGCCAAACCAAACCAAAGAUGGCGAUUCUAGCAGUAUCAGCAAGAGCAGUAACAGCAAAGACGGCAACACUACUAGUGGCAGUAGCAUCAGCACCAGUAGUAUGAAAAAUAGGAGUGCUACAGUCGUUGAUCCAGUAAAGGAGAAGCUUGCGAGUCACUUUGUGCUGGAAACAACUGAGGAUUUGCCCCGGAAUCCAUCGUCGCAUAUAAAAGAUUUAGAAUCCAAUAUUGAUGUUGCUAGUAUUGGCAGAUUUGAACCGGAACUGGUAUCUAAAGAAGCACCUUUGUUUGUUGAGGCUAGUGAUUGCAAGGUCAAAAAGGAUGUAAUGAGCAAAUGCGAAAAGAGAACAUCUUUGGAUUCUGUAUCACAAUCCCUGGAUGUGGAAUCCGACAAACAAGAGGAGAAAAAGACAUUUGAUUUUGAUAGUUCUAGACUGGAUACUGGUUAUUUUGUGCAAGAUAACAUACUAUAUGACAAAAGCACGAUUGGUCAUCAUUGCUCACCAUGUUUUGGCAACGAAGAUUAUACGGAAUCAGAUAUUGGUAGGAAGAUCUAUGAUAUUCCAGGUGCAGUGUAA